CUCGGCAACGUUCGGCAAUUUCCGUGCAGGCCCCGCCGCCAUUUUCUCGCAGGCUCUCCGUGCUUGUCGGUUGCGCGGCUCUCCGUCCCGCUGGUCAGCGCUUUGUCCUGCUCGGCGAUGGACGGCAUUGUCACUGAUGUUGCAGUUGGUGUGAAGAGAGGAUCUGACGAACUUCUUUCAGGCAGUGUACUCAAUAGCCCGAACUCUAACAUGAGCAGCAUGGUAGUUACUGCUAAUGGUAACGACAACAAGAAAUUCAAAAGUGAAGAUAAAAUGGAUGGGGCGCCUUCUCGUGUUCUUCAUAUCAGAAAACUGCCUGGGGAAGUGACAGAAACAGAAGUUAUUGCUUUAGGCUUACCUUUUGGUAAGGUAACCAACAUCUUGAUGCUGAAAGGGAAAAAUCAGGCUUUUUUGGAACUUGCAACAGAAGAAGCAGCUAUCACUAUGGUUAAUUACUAUUCAGCUGUGACGCCUCAUCUUCGUAACCAACCUAUCUAUAUCCAGUAUUCCAAUCAUAAAGAACUGAAGACUGAUAAUACACUGAACCAGCGGGCCCAAGCUGUUCUUCAGGCAGUGACAGCUGUGCAGGCAACAAAUGCUCCCAUAAGUGGGACCACUGUUAGUGAGAGUGCAGUUACUCCAGCUCAAAGUCCGGUGCUUAGAAUAAUUAUUGACAACAUGUACUAUCCUGUAACCCUGGAUGUUCUUCAUCAGAUAUUCUCUAAAUUUGGUGCUGUAUUGAAGAUAAUCACAUUCACAAAGAAUAACCAGUUUCAAGCUUUACUCCAGUAUGGUGAUCCAGUGAAUGCACAGCAAGCAAAACUAGCCCUGGAUGGUCAGAAUAUUUAUAAUGCUUGCUGUACUCUACGGAUUGAUUUUUCCAAAUUGGUGAAUUUAAAUGUCAAGUACAACAAUGAUAAAAGCAGGGACUACACUCGUCCUGAUCUUCCAUCUGGUGAUGGACAACCAGCACUGGACCCUGCUAUUGCUGCAGCAUUUGCAAAGGAGACUUCUCUUCUAGGGCUUCCUGUUGCAGCUGUUCCAGGAGCUCUGAGUCCUCUGGCUAUUCCAAAUGCUGCUGCUGCAGCUGCAGCUGCUGCUGCUGGCCGUGUGGGAAUGCCUGGAGUCUCAGCCGGUGGCAAUACAGUUCUCUUGGUUAGCAAUUUAAAUGAAGAGAUGGUUACGCCCCAAAGUCUGUUUACCCUCUUCGGUGUUUAUGGUGAUGUGCAGCGUGUGAAGAUUUUAUACAAUAAGAAAGACAGUGCUCUUAUACAGAUGGCUGAUGGAAACCAGUCGCAGCUGGCUAUGAGCCAUCUUAAUGGACAAAAAAUGUAUGGGAAGAUAAUUCGUGUUACCCUUUCUAAACAUCAAACAGUUCAACUACCUCGAGAGGGUCUUGAUGAUCAAGGGCUGACUAAAGAUUUUGGUAAUUCACCUCUGCAUCGUUUCAAGAAACCUGGUUCAAAAAACUUUCAGAAUAUAUUCCCUCCAUCUGCAACGCUUCAUCUAUCCAAUAUUCCACCAUCAGUAGCAGAAGAGGAUUUACGCACACUGUUUGCUAACACUGGAGGCACUGUGAAAGCAUUUAAAUUUUUUCAAAGAGAUCACAAGAUGGCACUUCUUCAGAUGUCAACAGUAGAGGAAGCUAUUCAGGCUUUGAUUGAUCUUCACAAUUACAAUCUUGGAGAAAAUCACCACCUGAGAGUUUCUUUCUCUAAGUCAACUAUUUAAAAAGGCAGAUUGAAAAUGAGGGUGUAUUGCAUUGUUUGGUGUUGUCACCUAUUGACUGUUCCGGAGAGUGGGGACCAGAGUUUGUCUUCUAUUUUUGGAUUUUCUUUCUGUUUUCCAUGCUGUUAUCAUUCCUUGGUUGUUUAAAAAAUAAGAAAAAAAAAUUAAGAGCAGUGAUACUAACUGCUGUUGUCCAACUGUUGUUUAGAUGAACCAUCACUUUGUUUAAAAGAUUUCAAGUUAAUACCACAGUUUUUCAACUUAGUUGACAUACGUGCCUUAUAAAGGAAAGCUAGUAAUGCUGGAAUUGCGUAACUAGUGAAAGCGAAUUUGGUUGUGUGGGGCACAUUGUUACAUGAUAAUUUGAGUAUGUUUAGGCAGGGGUGUGUAAAAAGGUUAAGCUUUUGUUUCUCCUGCUUGGAAUUGAUUUCUUUAUCUGCUGGCUUGUCACUUAAUUUUUAUUUGGUAAGAUACAUUGUACUGAAAGAGUAAAACAUUGCUAUUUGAUUUUGCUACUUUUUGCUUUAUGCUUUUUUUUUAAAAAAAAAAAAAAAAAAGAAGGCCUUUAGUAUUUUAUGAUUCUGGUCUAGAUUCAGUUAUGAAUGUAGGCAUUUGUUACAAUUACCAAGGUGCAGAAUAUUAAUUUCUUAAAGGACAAGAAGUGACUUCUGUGACUUUGAGCCCUAUGUGGAAAGCAUUGUGGAAUCUUAACCUUUUUGUACACACUCUUGUGGGAUGUAUCAUAUAAAUGUCAGCACUAAGUAAUGUCUUG